GAGUAAUAGAGUAGUAAUAUCUGGAAGAGUUUUGUGAUCGUGUCAACUAUUUGUGUUCCAAGGAUUUUGCAUUGAGCUAAAAGCAUAGAUAUAUUGUUCUAUGGGAUCGUACUCCAAAGACGUUGGUGCAUUCCACUAAGCGUUUACGGCGCAUAAAAUAGGUUAAUAAGAAAGAAAUGGAUAUCCUAAAUAUUAAAGAAGAAAUGGAUAUUUACGAGGAUUUUACAUCCAUUGUCGAUGUUGGGAAAGAAUUUAUUGAUGAAGUAUCUACACUAACGAUUCAAAAUGUAAUUGGAAAGGUGGAUGGAAUUCAACCAAUAAAACAUGAAAUAAAAGAUGAAUUAGAUACAUUGGAAAUAUUUAAUAACCAUGUGGAUAUAGGUAACAAUAGAAAAAGGAACAUUUCUAGUACACACAACAUCAUUAGAAAUCAAAUGGAAUAUUUAAAAAUUGACGGUGGAAACAGAACUAAAUCCAAAGUUGCAGGACUGUUAAGUAAAUGGAAAUAUAUCCAACCAAAUGCUAUGGGAUUAAUGAUAUGUAAAUAUUGUGGGAAUUUAUACACAAAACAAGUGGAAUUUUUAUGUCACUUUUCCACAUGCCAUUGUAUAAAAAGAAAUAAGAUUAAACAUCCCCUUAAAAAUUGUGUUUUGAGAAAGAUUAAUGUGAAAGAUGAAAUUGAAGUAGUUGAACAUCAAUUUAAACAAGACUUGCAGGACACCACAAACCAGUUGGAUGUUACUGAUAAUUUAAACACAAAUGCACACGAGGAUUCAAAAUCUUUUGUAGAGGAGGAAAGUCAUCCAAAUAUACAGUUGAAUACUUGCACGGGAUCAAAACCAUUUUAUUGUGUUAUUUGUUUGAGAACUUUUACACGUAGAAGUAAUUUAAGCAGCCAUUUUCGUAUUCACAUCAAAGAAAAACGUUUCAAAUGUGAUUCUAAUGAAACUGUUCAUAAAAUUAAUUUAAAUAAGUAUUUGCCUAUAAGAGAAAAGUCAUUCAAAUGUGACAUUUGUUUCAAACUGUUUCCAAAUAGAAGUAAUUUGAAGACACAUAUGCAUAGCCACACAAGGGAAAAACCAUUCAAAUGUGACGUUUGCUCGAAAAUUUUCUCACGGAAUGCUACUUUAAUCUCACAUUCACUUAUUCACACAGGAAAAAAGAAAUUUAAAUGUGAAUUAUGCUUAGAAACAUUCUUAAACAAAAUUCAAUUGACCACACAUCUACAUAAUCACUUUGGAGAAAAGCCAUACAAAUGUGACAUUUGUUUGAAACAAUUUUCACAAAAAAGUAAUUUGAAGACACAUAUGCGUAGCCACACAGGAGAAAAACCGUUCAACUGUGACGUUUGUUUGAAAACUUUUUCACAGAACGCUAGUUUAAUCACACAUUUACGUAUACACACAGGAGAAAAGCCAUUUAAGUGUGACGUUUGCUCGGAAACUUUUUUACAGAAAAUUCAGAUGACCACACAUCUACGUAAUCACUUUGGGGACAUGCCAUACAAAUGUGAUAUUUGUGAAAAAAAGUUUUCGCGGAAAAACAAUUUGAACAGACAUUUGAUUAUCCAUACAGGAGAAAAGCCAUUCAAAUGUGACAUUUGUUUGAAAACGUUUACACAAAUGAGUAGUUUGAAUACACAUUUGCGUAGCCAUACAGACGAAAGACCAUUCAAAUGUGACAUUUGUUUGAAUUCAUUUCGAUAUGCACAUUAUUUGAAGAGACAUUUGCGUAUUCAUACAGAAAACGAAACUUUUAAAUGUGAUAUUUGCUUGAAAACAUUUUCAAGAAAAACUAAUUUGAAUAGACAUUUGCUUAGUCAUACAGAAGAAAAACCGUACAAAUGUGACAUUUGUUUGAAUUCAUUUCGGUAUGCAAAUAAUUUCAAGAGACAUUUGCGCAUUCAUACAGAAGACGAAACUUUUAAAUGUGAUAUUUGUUUGAAAACAUUUUUAAGCAAAACUAAUUUGAAUAGACAUUUGCGUAGUCACGCAGAAGAAAAGCAGCGUGAUUGAAAUUGUACUGAAAGAAAAUAUAUUUGAACAGAAUUUGCAAUAAAGAAAGGAGAUCUAGAAGUGGAAGGGAAACAGUUUAUAAAGGUAAAAAUCGAUUUAACUCGAUAAAUUACAAAGUUGUAGGUAAUAAAAAUGACUACAACUUUUCUUUUUACACUUUUUUCACAUAACCUCAAAAUUAAAAUAAACAAGUUUCUGCUCAUUGAUUAUUAUCUUGAAAAAAAUAUAUAUAAAAAGAUUUUUAAACAUGACAUUCUGUAAUUUUUUCUAUUUGAAAUAUUUUUUUACCUUAUCGAAAAAGCACCUUAAUUUUCAAUCGAAAAUACUCACGUGAAAAUAUGGGCUUUAACCCUUCAUUAGUCGCGGCCUUAAUAACCUUUAGUAAAGUUGGAUUAUGAAGAUUCAUAACUGAAUCUAAAUAAGGAAAAGUUAUUGCAAAUAGAAAAGUAUUUGAUAAACAAAGCAUUAAAUAAAAUUAUACGAUAAAAUGAUGCCUUAAUGUACAUUUUUUUAAUCAAUUUAGGUACAAAAGAAUCAUUUAUUUUUUUGCAAAUAAUUAUUAUUUAUGCAAAAGUUUUUUUAUUAAUAUUUUAAUUGUGUAUGGUAAAUUUUGAAACAAGGUAUUACGCAGAGUCCCACUUCACACUCACUGCACCAAUAUAUUGUUUCUUUUCUGAAUUUUAUAAGUAAGUAUAGUGUUUAAAUAAAUAAAUUAAGAACAUAAGAGACAGUGUUUAUUAAUUCGCCACGAAUAGAAAUCGUAUAAAUAAAUAAGAAAAACAUUACAUUAUCAUAAUACAGCCAACAACACCCUAGGGAAUAGUGUCUGAAAUUAUUGAAAAUGACUCAAAGUCUAUUAGACUAUAAAUUGGACAUUCUGAAACCGUUCAUACUGAACACUCUGUACACUACUACUACUAGACAAGCAAAUAAUUUCACUAUCCGACGUGCGUUUCAAUAACAGUCUUCAGACACUGAUACUUUGCUAUCGAAACGCGCUACAUAUAGUGUUAUUGUAAUAGUAGUUUAAACUGUGUUUACAGUUCAAUUAAACAAUUAUGCCCAUUAAUAUUUCUAAGUAAAUAAGGGUUUUCAUACCCGUUGUUUUAUAUGUUCAGCUGUCUAACUACUACAUCUGAAUGGUUCGAGACAAUGUUAUUUUUUCGUUGAAUUGAUCCUGACUAGCGGUGUGAA